AUGCUGCAAUACUGGAUGAAAGAGUAUGUGACGAAGCAAAACAACAGAAUAUUUUUAACCCACAUGUCAUUUCAUCGUCUCUCUCAAAACUCUCUUAACGAUAUUCUCCAUCAUACAGGUAUGUACUACAUUGUAAACGGAUCCUGGAAGUCACCAGCUGAGAAGGCUGGAAUAGGGUGGUCCUUAUUCAGUAGAGAAGGCAUUCCUAGACUGCAUGGAAGCUCUGAAAUUGACCCUACUACCUCACCAUUCAUUGCAGAAGUGAGGGCUAUGUUGUCAGCAGUUCAGCAACUACGUACAUGCACUUGCUUAUACAGAAGUGGUUUUUUUAGGAGAUUGCAUGGAAUUUGGACAGCCCAUCACGACAAUGUAAGGGCACUAGCGUUGGUUGUAUGGUUGCUUAUGUUAUUAUUUGUAUUGGAGUUUAAAGAAUAUGAAUGA